UCUGUUUUUUAUAAAAGCCCAGUACUUAAUGGUGAUUUCAGUUAGUCCGUUAGCCAAAGUCAAAAGAGCAAAAUGCAACAGUCCCAGAUCCUGAGAAAUCUGUGCCUCUUCGUGGUCGUGAGUUCGAUGGCAGUUGUGGUCCUCGGAUUGUGCGAUAGCUGCCAGACAAACAACGUGGCCUGCCUCAAUGAGACGCACUACAGAUUCUGCUCCUCCAACGUGGCUCCCAACCAGGUUGCCCAGUGUCCCGAUGGCCAGGUCUGCACCAGCCUGGACAUCAUCUGCAUAGACAAGGGUGUGUACGAUCCGGCCUGCUCGAAUUCCACCGCCGAUGGAUCCUGUUCCAGCUGCGACGGCACCAACCUGUUCGUCUGCACCAGCCGCACCACCUUCCAGAUGUGCGAUGGCACCAAUCUAACCAGCCAGGUCACCAAGUGCAAGGACAACAAGGUCUGCUCCAUUAACUCUGGCAAAUACUGCGUGGACCUCUGCGAAGUCGGCGAUACCGUUGAAUGUGACAGGGAAGCUCCGCUGUAGAAUGAUUUUCAAUAAAUACAUUUUAUUUUCUACUA